AUGAACUUCGGUCCCGCAUCGUCCUCCACGGACAUGCUCGCCGAAGACCCAACAAUCGACCUCCAAAACCCCCCCGACUCCGCCAACGGUUCCACCCCCGACCCCCCAACCCGCUACGGCCAACCCUUACUUCCGUCAUGGAUCCCCCUCUACCGCAGACCCAUGCGUACCCCCACCCGCAAACUCCGCGUCGUAACCAUCGGCGCCGGCAUCUCCGCCAUGAACCUAGCCUACAAGAUCCACCACGAGCACGACCUGAUCAACAAGGGCAUUGUGUCCGAGUUGGUGAUGUACGAAGCCCACGAGGACCUAGGCGGGACUUGGCUGGUCAAUACCUAUCCGGGAGUGGCGUGUGAUGUUCCUGCACAUAUCUAUACGUUUCCGUUCGAGCCGAACCCGGAUUGGAGUGCUUUCUACGCGAGUGGAGAGGAGAUAUGGCGGUACUUCAAGCGGACGGUUGAAAAGUGGGGCUUAGAUCGGGGGACGAAGUGUGGGCAUAAGGUGCAGAAGGCUGAGUGGGAUGAAGGGAGUGGGAGGUGGAAGUUGGAAGUCAAGAAUAAAGAUGGGGUGAUACAUGACGAGUGCGAUAUCUUAGUCAGCGCAGUAGGGUUCUUGUCGGAAUGGAGAUGGCCAGACAUCCAGGGGAUACAGAGCUUUGAGGGGCACUUGUGUCAUUCGGCGGUAUGGGAUAAGGCCUUUGACUGGACGGGGAAGAGGAUAGCGGUUAUUGGCAAUGGCUCGAGUGCUAUACAGAUCAUGCCGAAGGUCGUGGAGACUGCAGAGCAUGUUACUAACUUUAUAAGACGACCAACGUACAUCACGCCAGGACUCGGGUCGAGUAUGAUCGGAGGGGAAGUGCAGUACUAUUACAGCGAAGAGGAAAAACGGAGAUUCAGAGAAGACCCAGAGGCGUUGAAGCAGUAUCGCAAGGAGAUCCAAGGGCAGAGCAACCGUGCGUUUGACAUGUUCACUAAGGACAGCAAAUCACAGAUAGCAGGCAAGAAAGCUACAGCAGACCAGAUGAGAGCCAAACUCGGCGACAACGAGGACCUAGCCAACAAACUCACACCAGACUACGAAGUCGGCUGUAGACGAGCGACACCCGGCCCUGGCUACCUCGAAGCCUUUACUCGCGAUAAUGUCAGCCUAGUCAUGGAGCGCAUCGAAGGCAUAGAACCCAAGGGUAUUCGAACAAGCGGCGGCACGCUCUACGAAGUCGACGCCAUCGUCUGCGCGACGGGAUUCCAGGUCGACCAUCGCCCACCCUGGCCUCUAAUCGGACGAGACGGACUCACAUUAGCUGAAGCGUGGAAGGACGAACCUACCAGCUACCUCUCCCUCUGCGCAGGCCAACACUUCCCCAACUACUUCAUGUUCUCCGGCCCCAACGCGCCCGUCGGCCACGGCUCACUCAUGGCCGGUUUAGGCCUCAGCGCGGAGUACAUGGUCCAAUGGAUCAACAAGAUCGCUACCGAAGACAUCGCGUCCGUCGCCCCGAAAGACGAGGUCGUCGAGGAAUUGAAUGCGUACGCGGACGAGAUCAUGCAGACGCUGGUGUGGAGUGGAGGAUGUCAGAGCUGGUAUAAGAACCAUCGCGUGGAUGGCAAGGUGACGGCUGUGUGGGCCGGGAGUGUGUUGGGGUAUAUGGAGAUGAUUGAGAAGAUUAGGCCGGAGGACUUUGAGGUGAGGUAUCGGACGAGGAAUCGGUUUAGAUUUAUGGGCAACGGAAGGACGAAGUUGGAGUAUGAGCCUGGUGCUGAUCUGGCGUACUACUUGAAGAAGUAG